AACCAUGUGUUUAAUCGGUUUGCAAUGCCCUGGUGUUGCAUUCUGAUCUGAAUGCCACUGCAUGAAUUCGCCGUGCAUUCAUGUCUUGAUCAUCUUUCCCGUUUCAAGCCACUUUCCACGGACGUGCUCGCGGGUCGCGGAGCCGCCAGAAGAGGGCAUUCGGAUUCUGCGUGGUUAAAGUUGCUCUGGCAUGCAGACGCACUCAUUAAUAACAGCGUCACGCGGAUUGAAACUGCGUGGAUGAGGGCGCCAAAUAUACGAGAAAAGGUGGAUAUUUGGAUAUUGGACUAUUUUCUGAGUUUUGAUGUUGACUUGUGAAGAAAGCAGCGUUACUUUGCUCUGUGCGCCAUGCGCGGUCCAGACUGAGCAUCCUCUUCUUGACGACAGCGGGCUUGUAGCUGCUUGGGGGAGGAAUCUAGGGCUCCUUUCUGUGUGGAAAAUCGCAUCACAUCACGGUAACGGUGAAGUUCUUUGACGGGCUUUGUGUUGGAUCUUUAUAUGCAUUUAGAGACUGCCAUGGUCCACUUGGAUGGGACUGCGCUUGCUGCAGCGGGCAUUUCUUUUUGGCUCCAACUUGGACACGGUGGCUCUUUUUGCGGCAAAAACAUGGACGGGGAGUUUUAAAAUUGCUGUAGAAAACACCAAUCUAUUCACCGUAAAGUGGAGCUACGUGUGCUGUGGUGCUCGGUUAAACGUGCACAUUUAAACCGGACUACACACCCAGGUCCAGGAGAGGAAAGCGGAGCAGGUGCGCUCAGCCUGGGUUUGUGGAUUAGGACAGUACCUGUUAGUGGAAAUGCCUACCAGAAUCCAUUAAAACCUGUCGUUGGACUGUACAGAUACGCGGAUAUGGGCUGUGCUCUGCAACGUCGUUGGCUAGUCGUCCAACUCCUGAUGCAGGUGUGGCUUGCAGCAAGCCCUGCUCUAACAGAGCGCCCAUGCCCAAAGAGCUGUCGCUGUGAUGGAAAAAUUGUGUACUGUGAGUCAAGUGCAUUUCGUGAUGUACCCAAGAACCUCUCAGGAGGAUGUGAAGGACUGUCGUUAAGGUACAACAGCCUCAUGAACCUUCGGGCAGGUCAGUUUGUUGGCCUUAACCACCUCAUCUGGCUUUAUUUGGACCACAAUUACAUCACAUCUGUAGAUGCGAUGGCCUUCCAGGGAGUUCGCAGACUCAAAGAACUCAUCUUGAGCUCCAACAAGAUCACAUCUCUUCAUAACACCACAUUCCAUCCUGUACCCAACCUACGUAAUCUGGACUUGUCAUACAACAAACUGGAAGCUUUACAAUCAGGGCAGUUUCAAGGCCUACGGAAGCUUCUCAGCCUCCACAUACGCUCCAAUUCACUAAAAAUCCUGCCAUUACGUCUUUUCCAAGAUUGCAGAAAUCUCGAGUUCCUGGAUCUGGGUUACAACCGUUUGCGCAGUAUUACUCGGAAUGCACUUUCAGGUUUAGUUAAACUCACAGAGCUGCAUCUGGAACACAACCAGUUCUCAAAGAUAAAUUUUUCCCAUUUUCCUCGCCUCUACAAUCUUCGGGCACUCUACCUUCAGUGGAAUCGCAUUCGCUCAAUGAGUCAAGGCCUAACCUGGAUUUGGGGAUCCAUCCAAAAGCUUGAUUUGUCUGGGAAUGAUCUGUCUGAGCUAGAUGCUGUGGUUUACCAGUAUUUGCCCAACCUGCAAACCCUCAAUUUGGACUCCAACAAGUUGACCAAUGUGUCCCAGGAGGUGGUUGAUGCCUGGAUCUCUGUAACUACAAUUAGUUUGGCGGGAAAUGUGUGGGACUGUGGCCCAGCCAUUUGUCCUCUUGUCUCUUGGCUGAGGAAAUUCAGGGGUGCAAAGGAGACUACCAUGAUUUGUGCCUCUCCAAAGAGAGCCCAAGGUGAAAAAGUGAUGGAUGCUGUUGAAGCUUUUGGUGUUUGUCAAUCAAACCCAGUGACGAUGCUCACCGCAAACAUUCCCCCAACUCCGUAUAGUGUCUCUGAGCAGCCUGGACAUCACCCAGCUAUUUUGCUAUCACCCACUGGUUCUGGAAAGAGAGCAGACGGCUCUAUAAGGAGCCCAACUUCAUCAGCUGUUACCCAAACAGUGGCACUUCCCCCAGAUCAAGACAUGGAACCCGUGUCCUUCCACAAGAUAGUUGCUGGAAGUGUUGCCCUUUUUCUCUCUGUUGCAAUGAUCCUGUUAGUAAUCUACGUGUCAUGGAAGCGCUAUCCUAGUAGUGUCAAGCAACUGCAGGAGAAUUCAUCGGCGGCCCGCAAGCGGCGCAAGAAGUCAAGGGAAACGGAACGCACCUUGAGCUCUCCCUUGCAGGAGUACUAUGUGGACUAUAAACCCAACAAUUCCGAGGCCAUGGAUGUGCUUGUCAACGGAACCGGAACCUGCACUUACACCAUCUCAGGCUCCCGAGAAUGUGAGGUUCCCCAUCAGAUGGGUGCAUUGACCUUCUACCGAUACGAGCAGCCAAUCGUAGACUACUGCCAAGCCCAUCAACCCUUGCGGUUAAACAUGGGCUACGAAGGACCCCCUCAGGGCCUUGAAGGCCUGGAGGACCUAGGGCCAUGUGAGAGGGGUACUAUACAGACAGUGGCACUACCAGCUGUGCCCACCGCUACCACCAUAGGACCCUCUGUGCCAGGGCCUCGCUCUCCCCCAGCCCUCAGACCACCCACUGAAGCUCCCAGUGGAAGUCUUCCCACUGAGCGCACUGGCACACUUAAAUUUGGACGCUAGCAAGCUGGAUAUGGGCCACCGAUAAAUCAUGACUUGAAAAUGAUGGGGCAGCUGAGCUGGUUAUUCAGUUGGGCCUUCUGUUCGUAACAUGAGAGCAUGAACAAGAGAUCAAAAUUUAGAAAUUACUGUCAGGAUUUUGCAGAUUUUGCUGUCUAAUCUCAAUGCAUCAUCACUGAUCAUUUGAUGGAUUCUUUUCCAGAGGACCUAAUAGAUCAAUAGAUAGCCUUGAAUAGGUUAAAGAGAAGCUUGUUUUUGAAUUUGGUCUUGUCGUAACAUUAUGAAUGUGCACUUGCUCUGCCUCGGCGAUGAGAGAAAAGAGCUAGACUCCAUGUGAAGGGUGGCGUGUCUGUAACUGUGAUUACUAUUGUAAUUUAUGUUCAGCAGUUUUCCUCAGAUGCAAAUUUUUAUCAUUAUUUCAUAAAGAUGAGUCGCCACUCUCAAAAUGUUUAAUUACACUCAGUUUGUCUUUGUUUCCCGUUUGACUUUUUUAAUGUGAGUUACAGUCAUUAAUUACUUUAAUGUACAUAUCAAGCCAAAGAGGGUUUUUUUUUUCUUUUUGAUGCAAAUGCACAUAAGCCGAGGGAAUUAUUUAAAGUCAAAUAACAUUUUCAAUUCUCAAACCAAAUGAGUUUUUGAACAGAUUGGCAAAGUAAUCCGACAGUUAUGAAUUGGCAUUCGUCACAUUGUUAUUGUAUACAUGCUUGUUGAAGAGGAACAACUACAGACGUAGGCAUUCUCUGUAUUUAAACAUUCAAGGGCAGGGAUUUGAGAAAGGUACGAGCUAACAUGAUUGCCACGUAUUGUACAUAUUCUUCAAAAGGUCCGCUUUUACCAACCACUCACUGCCCCAUUUGGAAUCUUAUUUAACUUACACCACAAGCAAAACAUUUAGGAUGGAACUAUCGCUGGCCAUGUUGAAGCAUCGCGUUGACACAGGAUGGACCUGCGGAUUAACCCAUGGGACUGUACUGGGAAAUGCCGCCUAUCUUCCAGCGUGGGACUUAAUUGUUCUGUGUAAACUUUUGUGAAACAUGCCAGGCAUUGCUGUUCACUGACUUACAGAGCAGGAAAGACUCAAAGCAAGCAUGUUUUGGUUUGUUUUUCUACAUGCAAGCGAUGAUACAAGCUGGAAUUAUUGGAACUCUUCCUGGUUCAGCUGAAGGAACUGUGACAGGCCAGUAUUUUCCCACAUGAACAGGUUGUAUCAUCAAGACAAAAGGGGAAGUAUUUAUCUUUUGUUUUCUGUUUUUGUCAAGAAACAAAAGAUCAAUUUUUUCGAGGUGUGCAAAGAUGAUGUCAAGACUAUAGACGUAUCAAAAGUCAAAAUCAAAUAGAACUUAUUUAUCGUGUAAAUAGAAAAUCUUUAAAGAUGGGGCGGGGGGAUAUGACUUUCUGCUAAUCCAUCUUGUGAAGAGAAGAGGAGCCUUAUUCAUUUUCCAGCUGGGAGGGGGGUCUACGCAUUAUAAAGUAAAGGUUCAUACUGUACUGCUCCUGUUUCAAUGAUAAAUAUUUUUCUAUUUGCUACCAUAACUAUUAUGUCAUCCACACUUUUAACACCACGCCAUGUCUUCAAUCCAAUCAUCAACAAAACGACAUUGUGGAAGGACGUUUGAAAGCUAUUUUUGUGACGUGUGCAUAAUUUGGCUUCACAGCUUUCAACAGCUGUGUGAAAGGUUAUGUCAUCCCAAUGCAUACCUCUUGUUGGAAUUUAUACCAAUAUUUAUUUCAUGUGCCAUUAUACUGCAUCACAGUUAAAUGUUUGCACAAACAGCAAAUCUUUACGAGGUCUUCACAAUUACAUGAAAAAAGAAGGGUUCAGCCCCCCACCCCCCUUGGUGUACAGUACAUUGCGUAAAAAAAAACAAAAAAAACAGUUGGUCAGCUUAGUACGGUUGCUUCAUAGUGCUGGUCGAGUUUCCUUUUGUAAAAGCAGCUGUACCAAUAUCUUUAUAAUAGGAGGUCUCUCAAUUACUGUCUGCCUUGCUCUAUAGCACUCCUGCUAACUCUUUGGCCCCAAUUUAUGUCUGCCUCUUGUUGACCUGGGUGUACCUGUUUAAUGAUUUCUCCCUGCAUGCUUGGGGCUCUAUAUCUUGUUAGGGAAAAAUCUAACAACUACAGGAGAUACUUCCUGUUGGUGAACUAGAGGAAAGUGUCAGCGACUUUAGGGGGACCCGUUUCUGCUGCCGCAACGCCUUUAGUAGAAGUCGCCUGCUUGUCCUUGAGAGUUUUGUUGGGUCAUGGUAAAAUGCACAUCAUUAUUUCGCCGUCAAACUAGCUGCAACAUUUGUCUUUGUUUUGAGCAAAAGGCUGCAUUGACAAGACGAAAAGAUAUUUAUAAAAACUGAUUUUUCAGUGCAUUUUGACCUUUUGUCCACACACAGUGUUUUAUGUUCUUUAAAAAUGAAGCUUUUAGAAAAACUCGGGUCAGUUUGACACAUUCACAUGUAGAUGGAAUAACAUUUCAACCUUCUCCUUUUGUGCCAUAAAAGAUGUGCAUGCAACUUUAAAGGUCCACUAUUAUGCAAAACUGACUUUUAAUGACGUUAUAACAAUGUUUCCCUCCAGCCUGUUUAAGACCACCAAACAUGAGAAAAAUCUAAAUAUCUCCCUCACUUGUUUAGUUAUUAGCCGUGGAGCUCACAUACCUCUGCUAAAUCUGCGAAGGCAGCCACAAGGCGAUGGCCCCAGAGCCUCAUUUGCCGACCCGUGGUUUAAUGUCUUCUCCCAAUCUUUAAUGUUACAUUAAAUCUGAUAUAUGGCAUGUAUUCCAUUGGACAACCAGAGUUAUAGUGUAUAAGUAAAAAGUGUGAAAGUGUGCAAUAAUACCUCUUGGAGUCACACACUGUUGGAGACAGGAUUGGUCAAAAACAGCUAAUUAGCAUUAAAGCUUCAAACAUGCAAAACAGUGAGUCCCAGUAGGGCUUAGUAAAACUGCUUUUCUAAAUUCCAGCAUCAAGGCUCCAUUCUGGGCAACACUUUUAAUACACUAUUGUGGGACCUCAGAGAGUUAUUUAAAAUGGCCGAAAAAUAAUAUGGGACCUUUAAAGUGCACGGGCCCUGAAAAAUACCCAUCCAUGUUUUCUCUUGGGCUCAAUUUCAGGUGCUAUUUUUUUUUAUUAUUAUCUGUUAUGUUGUGUGUGGACAUUGUUUUUAAUUUUAAUGUUUAUCUGAGAAUUCCAAGAUACAAAAUCCCUGUCAGGAUUUAGCCUGAGUUGGUAUCAUGAAGAAUUGGCUUAUAAGCCAAGGGAAAAGCUUGUGUUGUGUGGGAGGGUACUCACUCAUGGAAAUAUCUCCUGCUAAAUCCCAGCAGACUUUUACCAACACCAAAAUAACAAAAGAAAAUUCACAGACUGGUGUAUGCGUGUAGGUUUUUGGUGCACAGAUGAUGGUUUGUGAUUUUACGGAUGGAAGCAUAGUGCUAUUUUGAUGCUAAAGGUAGUAAUCACAAUAAAUCACAGGUACAAAAUCAGUAUAUCCAGAUAACAAUUGUCUUGCUUCAAUAUCAGAUUGCGCCUGGCAGAAAUAAAAACAACCUGAGUUUAAAUAGUCCAAACCCACCAAGUAUUGAUAAAUUCAGAUUUUGCCAUGACUGAGAGCAAUGGUGAUGAGCAAACAAGUGCUGCUUGCUAUUAUUUUGCUUCGUAGUCCAGUCUCCAUUAGGGAGUUGAGUACAAACCGCACACUUAAUGAUGCAUGUUUGAGCUGAAGUUCACGGCUCCUCCACCGUGCCAACAGGUUUUAUUUUUUUGUCUCUUUAGCCUUUUGUUUGUUUAGGAUUUUAUACACAGCCAGCACCACCGCAUCUCUUUAACUAUUCAAAUUUAGGUUCAUGUUACAACUGGGAGAACUGUUUUCUGAUGUUCCUGUUCUUUUUUCGCUUCUGGUUGGGUGAUGAAAGGGUCCGGAGGAUUGCAGUGAAAACGCUCGUAUUACCGUUCUUUACGCUCCGAGGAAGAGCUAAAGGAAAAUCUCAAAGGAGGGAAAGGGAAAGCAGCACAGAUGAGCAGGGGAACCAGGGAUACAGUAUUAUACAGUUGGGAGCACACAUAGGGUGAGUGCAAGUGCAAUUAUUCUGUCACAAUGAAAGCUUUGUUAUGUUCCUGAACAUCUCAGGAAGUCUUAUCUCAAAUGUACAGAAAAUGAUUCACAAAGAAAAAACCCUCAGAUGCAUUCAAGAAUUCUGUGCCAGUGUACAAAAACACAUGAGAAGCUAGAAGCAUUCUUAAAUUGUCUAAACGAGGGGUGUCCAAAGUGGAAUAUUGAAAAUAAAUAGCCAAAACUGUACAUGUAAUGAGAAAUUCCACAAUUUCAAAACCAAAAGAAAAACUAAAGCGUUUUGUGAAUGCCAUUAAUUCAUUCCAAUCACCCAGAAAGCACUCAGUACAUUCGGAAGUACCCAGUACGCUUGAACACCUCAUCAGCACAGGACACAUGGUGCUUAUUCGGGAAAUAAGGCGAUAGAAACAGAGUUGUUUAUUGUUCUGUAUGCUUUCUGUGAACAAAUAACCCAACUUUUUUUCAUUAAAUUAAAGCAUUCCUCUGUCGAUAUGUCCAAACUGGAGAGGAACCACUGUCCAUUCUUCACAAUGAGUGAAAAAUGAGUCACCUACAAGAACUUUGUUUGGUCACUAUUUGGCUAUACGAUAGCCAAGACCCGAGACACUACUGUACUGAUAAUAAUAUGCUUAUUAUCGCUUUGACAUUUGCAAAUAGUUUUUUUUUUUCUUCAAUUAUAUAACGACUUAGUCUGGACACCUCUGGUCUAAACUGUUCGUUACAUGCACACUCACAUGCAUAGUAAUGCAUAACCCCCCCCCACCUGAUUAAAUACUUCGGAAUUUGUCAGCCUCUAACAACAGGAACCAUAAAACACAAAUGCUAUAAAUUAGAUGCUACCAUCCAUUAAAAUUUGCCUUAAGCAAUCUGUGAUGGUUCAGUAAUUUUUAAUCCAUUACCUAAUUUGAGAUUUGAGAAAUUCAUUACAAACCAAAAGCAGAUUUGCAGUGUUUCUAACCCAUAUACUCAUAUAGUUCACUGAAGCAUUUCUCAUAAGAAUUAAGUAGGAUUCUGUAAAAAAAAAAAACUCUAAUUAUAUAGAUAACCUUAGUUUCCCUGAAUAAUAAAUCAUUUGCAGCUCACCACAGUCAGCAUGCUUCUUUCAAGACGUAACAAGCAAUCAGCACACAGUCAAACUAAGGUCAACAAUAAGACAGCAGAUAAAUCAGGAAUAAUUAAAUAUCAUAAAAAAUGGUCGCUGCCUGGGUUUAAAAGCCCCGCAACUGUAACCACUCAGAGUGCAUUCAUUAUUUUAGUCAGGUUGGUCAUUAUCAAGGCUUGUCAGUGCUGGAGUUGUAAUUUGUUUAAAAAAAAAUAUAUGCAAAGACAACCACUUUUUUUUUUUAUGCUUACCAGCUGCUGUGUGUCACCAGCAACACAACAGGCUAGCAUAUGUUACCAACAGUGGUUUCAAUGAAGAAACUGGGGCAAAAAAUAUAGAUUUUUUUCACAAUUUUAAAUAAAAAUUCAUAAAUCUUAGUUGCAAAUUUUAAUUUGGCCGAAAAUCCUAGAGAAGCGAUGAACAAUUUUCAGUCAUUCUGUUGUUAAGAUGCAAUGAUACAGUAGUUGACGAUACUAGCUAAAAUUUGUCAAAUCACUAUGAUUAGCUGAUAGCUAUAUUAGGCGUACCUUAUGUACUCAAAGCAGGAAGAGGACAGGAUAAAAUGUUUGCAGCGACAUACAGCAGCUUUUACUUUGUGUUGUUUUUUUUCACUAAAUUCUUGAGGAAAAAGUCAUCUUACACUAAAGACAGGGGGGAAAAAAACCUUAACAAAAAGAAAAGCAAAAUCCCAUCUCAUUUGCUAGGUUUCACAAUGCUCCUGUCUCUCUGUGCAGACCAUGAAUGUGAAAAAGGGUUAUGAUUGAAUAAUUGUCAUGUCAAAGGCCUAUAAGAGAGUGCAGGGCUGUGUUAAUAAUGACAUAGCGAUCUGUGUGUGUGUGUGUGUGUGUGUAUGUGUGUGUGUGCGCCCGUCCACAACCUCACCUCCUCCUCCACCUCCCUUUCGCCAACGUCACUAUUACUGAUGUUCACGCCGCUUGGUCCUCAUUGAUUGUUAUUGUCCACUGCUGUUUCACGUUAACAGAUGCUUUUUAACCUGUGACCUGUAUUGUCCCGACUCUGUUUUUCUGCCAUUGUUCAUGUCAGAGAGCAUAUAGGAUAGCAAGGCGCAAUCAUUAACCUCUGUCAGGGAAACACACUUUUUCAUUUGCCUGACAAAGCCCGUUUACGUCCCUAAUUGUACUUAAUAAGUGGAUGGAAGAAGGGGAGGUUUGGAAUUCAAUAAGCAACAUUUUAUCCCUGCAGUUCAUAUGCUGUGGCAGCAAGAGAGGAAACAGAGGGGGAGCUGACAGAAAGCAAUAUCAGAAUAAAUCUUUGUUUCCAUGCAGGCCCAAAGCACUACCCCUUUAUUUCCCAGCCCCUGACUGUAAAUGUGUUGCAAAAACAACUGGAUCCCCGCUGUCUCCUUCCCAUUCAUUUUCUGCAGAGAGCAUUGAUUUCUGUAGGGUGUAAAUAUGUGCUGCAUUGUUUUCUUUGGUAGUUGGUUUGUUGUAGUUUUUUUUUUUCUCUCUCAUUCUUUUAAUUGACCUAAAACAUUUUUGUGGAGACCUGGUCCAAGCGCAAACAUACGGCUCUUCUUUGAGUAAAUUAUUGUCAGAAAAUGUUUUGUAAAGAUUUUGAUGAUGAUUAAAAAAAAAUAAACAUCUAAAGAUGG